AUGUUGCCAGAAAUAAACAACAAGAGCUCAAGACCAGAGGCGUUCCCACAUCCACAUCGAAUUCUCUCUGAUGGAUCCCGCCUUGGGUCAAACCGGUCCUGCACACAGAAGUUUGGCCCUGGAAUAGGAACCUUACCACAGCUUGAGCCUCCAGUGAUCCAGGUUUUGGUUAGUAAUGCCAAAAACCAACACCAGCAGACAGACAGCAUCUUACCCCAAAUCUCCUCCAAAGGGACUCUCAAUAACUUCCAGGCCAACACUGAGGAAAGGCCAAAACCAUCUCAACAGUUUGCCAUGCGAUUUGGAGCGACACUGGACAAAGUGUCUGCCUCACGAAAUGGCAAGAAUCUCAGCAACAAAUUGGAAAAAGAAAAAGCAUGUGAAGGACUGAGGCUGCCCAUGACUCCCACUGAGGUACUGAAGAACUUCCAAGACCGGCUGACAGAGUUUGAACAGGAGGAGAUCAUGGACUACUCAGAGAUAUGGUACUUGGGUCUGGGAGCACAGAAGAUAGAAGGGUCGCAAGGUGCACCACAGAACUCCGGAUAUGAUGAUGAGCAUGGGAGCUAUAUACGGGUGCUUCAUGAUCACAUCGGAUACAGAUUUGAAGUGCUUGAAGUCAUCGGAAAAGGAUCGUUUGGGCAGGUCCUGAAGUGUCUCGAUCACAAGAACAAUGAACUGGUUGCCAUCAAGAUGAUCCGCAACAAGAAAAGGUUUCACCACCAGGCACUGGUCGAGCUAAAGAUCCUGGAUGUGCUCAAGAAGAAGGAUAAAGACAACCUCCACAAUGUCAUCCACAUGAAGGAGUACUUCUACUUCAGGAACCACCUCUGCAUCUCCUUUGAACUGCUGGGAGUGAACUUGUAUGAACUCAUCAAAAAGAAUAACUUCCAGGGCUUCAGCCUCGCUCUGAUCCGCCGGUUCACUCAUGCGCUGCUCAGGUGUUUGCAAAUGCUGCACAAGGAGAAGAUAAUCCACUGUGACCUCAAACCGGAGAACAUUCUUCUAUCUCAGCGAGGGCCGGGGAACAUCAAAGUAGUUGAUUUUGGAUCAAGCUGCUAUGAACAGCAAAGAGUUUACACGUACAUCCAAAGUCGCUUCUACCGCUCUCCGGAGGUGAUCCUGGGGCACCCCUACAGCAUGGCCAUCGACAUGUGGAGUCUGGGCUGCAUCCUGGCAGAGCUAUACACCGGCUACCCCCUCUUCCCUGGAGAGAGCGAGGUGGAACAAGUCGCCUGCAUUAUGGAGGUUCUGGGAAUGCCUCCUAAUGAUUUUGUUCAAUCCGCAUCAAGGAGGAGGCUAUUUUUUGAUUCAAAGGGAAAUCCCAGGAACAUCACAAACAGCAAGGGAAAGAAACGGAGGCCGAGUUCAAAGGAGCUGUCGGAGGCCCUGAAAACAAACGAUGCGUUGUUCCUGGACUUCAUUCACCGCUGCCUCACUUGGGAUCCCACCAAGCGGAUGACUCCAGACGAGGGGCUGCAGCAUCAGUGGAUCCUCGAGGGAAAUUUCAACAAAGUCCGGCCCAGAACCAGGCCAACUGUGAAGAAGACAAAUGACGGUUCAUCCCACGUCGACAAUGACAACAAAAAGCAGAACAAGCCAACUGUUAAAGUCACCUCAGAGCCUGCCGAUAAUCACAAACGUACGCAAGACAAUUCAGCGGAACGUCUGCGUCCAAUCGGAGCUUCGGCGGAAGAAGAGGUUUGUGAGCAUAGUUCAAAUACCAAGCAGCAGGAAGGAGAAAGACCGGUCCACAUCAUCAUCAAGUCUCAGCAGGAAGUGGGAGAUGAUAGGAACGACAGCGAAGAACCAGAAUGUUUACCGCCCGUCAUGUAA